GAAACGACAGGUGAUAGUUUGGAUGCACGUCGAUUUCAUACUGCUGUAUUGAGUCCAAAUGAAGGAAUCGUCAUUUACGGAGGAGAAGAUACUGAUAGCAGACCGGUCCUUCCAAGUCUUGCUAUAUUAAAAACCACCACCAUACCAUAUAAUUGGUACAUUCCUAAUUCGACUGAUGUGCCAGAUUUAACUGUUGUGCCCCCGCUAUCCAGGCAUUCAGCAAUAAUGUAUGGAAAUUACAUGAUCCUUGCUUUUG